GCUUCGGUGAGGCAGAUGAUACUGGUCGUCAGAUAAGAAUGAGUCCUGUGCCGCAGCUGGGAAAGCUGGUGUGCGGCCAAUUCCCAGUGUCUUCUGAUUGGGUGCUAAGUUACGGGCCUGUUAAGCAUUCUAGCCCAGUCGUCUGCUCUUGUCGCCAAUAGUAGUAGGCACCCAUCAUCACCAGCACAGCCUUCCAUACCGAACUACACAAUGUAGGUAAUAACUGUCUACCAAUCUCUCUCAGAGUUACUAUUCUCGCUUUCCGAGACCACCCUUACAUCGAUUCAGAAGAACACUUAUCAGCCUUAUCAGCACGAUGGGCGCAAAUUACCGAACCCUGCGACUGCUGACAUCGCCAAACGUUUGCUAACAAAAGAGAGAGUUCCAGUUUGCUGACGACCCGCUCCGGCGAGGUGACAGUCCAGCCAAAAUGCUCCCUGCCAAACGCCAAGCUUCUGCGCCAUCGCCAGAGCCAGCCUUCCCUUGUAUCGCCAUGGUCUCGCCUGUCAUGUCAGCAACAUGAUACGAAGGCAGCAACCCCAGGGAGAUCAAACUGUGCCCCUUUGAUGCUCUUUUGCCAGAGGGUUGAUAGCCACAGCUAUCCCUCUUCUUUGGCACUUAUGACUGCCUUACUUCUUCGCUUCCAGGAACAUCGAUUUCAUCCAUUCGUGUACACCAAACAGACCCGGAGAGGCGAUUCAUACUGCCUGUCGGGCACAUUACUCGGCAUCUAAGACCUUUUGGCACCACCAAUGACCAUGGAACCAACGGGAAAAACUGUCGAGGUCUUUGGGUCCGCCCCAUUGCUGGACGAAGGGAAGGGUAGCAUGUCCCAACCAGGAGACAACAAACCGGACUACACCACAGCCACGACCACAUAUCAAAAAUACAUUUGGAAGAAUGCCUACAAGUUCAUCCGCUUCCUCAUCAUCUUCGGCUUUGUCGGUAUCAUACUCGCCAUCCCGGUGAUUGUAAUUGGCAGCAAAGACAUCAUCAAGAAGGAAGAUGCCCUCGACGACGAACAGUUCUUCGCGCAGAGGUCUGAAAGGACAGUCUACUACAUCUUCAUGUGGCUUCUGGUCACUUGGGUCUGCUUCGCCAUUACGUAUAUCUUUGCGAGUGCCUUGCCGUACAUCUUCAGACUGGUGGCACGUUAUGUGAAUCCGGCACAUAUGCGCUAUUGGCGCAUCAUCAGGACAUUGCGACGCCCUAUCUGCAUCUUUGUCACCAUCUGCUGCUCCUAUAUUGCGUACAUUAUUACUGUCUGGGUAGAUCGUCUUGAGCUUGCCAUGAUCUACGAUCUUCCCGAAGGCGAUGUCGGCUGGGUUGACCUAAUCGACGACUUCCUCGAGCAGGGCACCCUCUGGGCUGGCUUCUACUUUGUCUGGAAGAUCGUCAUGCUCUACAUCACCAUCCACUUCCACAGCCGCUCGGACCACACCAAGAUCGCCCACUCCAAGGAUAUGCACAACGCUCUGAUGGCGCUCUACGAGGCCUCGAUAUAUCUAUACCCCCUUGGCACCCCCGAAUUCACCGAGGAGGACAUGAUGAUCAGCAACGCUACCAUGGCUGGACACGGCGAGCACCGCAUUCGUGCCACUCGUUAUCUUGCCCGACUCGGGGUGGACUCGUAUGGCAUCACCUCCUUCUUCGGCAACUUCCUCUCGAGCGAUCCCAAGUCCCACUGGCUCCGUCCUUCCUCGAGCUACGCCACUGUCGAGCGCGCUAUUGCGAACCCAAAGUCUGCUGCCGCCUUGGCACGUCGCAUCUGGAUGUCCAUGGUUUCUGUGGGCAAGACGACCCUCACCGCCGAGGACAUCGCCGAGGUUCUCGGCCCCUUCCGCAAGGAAGAAGCCGAAAGAUACUUCAAGGUCCUCGACGAAGCCGAAAUUGGCGACCUCAAACUGGAAGAAAUGGAGUGGACCGUCGCCGAAGCCGGCCGCAUCCGCCAAAACAUCUACAAGAGCAUGCACAACGCAGACCACUGCAUCAACACCUUCGACUGGGUCAUGCUCGCCGCCCUCGCCGCCGUAAUGGUCUACUUCAUCCUCAUCUUCUGGGUCCCCUCCCUGAAAUCAAUCCAAGAAACCGUCAAAUUCCUCGGCUUCGGCCUCACCUUCGCCGUCGGCCGAACCAUCCACCAUUUCCUCGCAGGCUGCAUCUUCAUCCUCUUCGACCACCCCUACGACAUAGGCGACAGAGUCGAGCUCUGGUCCGGCCAGCAAAAACAAUCCGUCUCCUUGAUCGUCGUUAGAACCUCACUCCUCUACACAGUCUUCAAACGCGUCGACAACUGGAUGGAACUCCAAGCAGGCAACGAAUGGCUCCAGCAGUGCCGCAUCGAGAACGUCACCCGCUCCGGGUCGAACCGUCAAGCGGUAAGUUUCAAUAUUGACGUCAAGACCUCGUUCAAAGACCUCCAGUAUCUCAAGUCGGAGCUUGAGGCUUUCCUCAAGCAUCCAGACAAUAAGAGGGACUACCUCCCCAACCUCGCCCUCGCGAUUGUUGGGCUGGGGGAGAUGAACAUGCUUGAGAUGCGCUGCAUCGUUACGCACAGGUCAAACUGGUCUAAUGAACCGUUGCGCGCGGCGAGGAGUAUGAAGUUCAUGUGUGCUUUGGUCGCUAUCACGAGGCAGAUCCCGCUUGGUAGACCUGAUCAGGGGACGAUAGGGAGGGACUUUAACCCUGCUCACUAUGUCAUGAUGACGCCUGAGGAGGCUAAGAUGAAUGUUGAGAGAGUCAAGCAACAGGCGGAGGCUGACCGGUGGGAUUUCAAGAGUGGCGGUAGCAGUGGUGAUGAGCCGGUUAUUGAUCUGAGAGGUGUGUCGAGAGAUGGGGAUCUGAGCGAUGACGAGAUAAUCAGGAGGGCGAUGGAGGAAGCAGAGAAGAAGAGGGUUGAGACGGCGAGGAAGGAAGCUGAAGAGUUAGCUGCGAGGCAGGCGCUUGGGAAGCUGCCGCCUUUGCCGAGGGUUGGUCCUCCCCCGAGAGUGACGGGUGGAAGCCCGCCACCGAAAACUGGGAUGACCUCUGGGUUUGAUCCAGCAGGUGCUCAGGGUAGUGGCGGGUUGAGAAGUGUGCCACAUUAUAGGGUCUAGUAUCGGACAUGGCCUCGUGGAGAGAUAAUAAUGUUCACAUAAUACUUUGCUCACCCAUCUCGAAACCUAAUUGAUAUGGAUUGUAGCGAGCAAUCACAUAUAUGUGGGGAAUGAAAGAGAGAAGGUC